UAAGGCAUGUUUAUAUAUAAAAUCAAUUUAUGUAGUGAGUGACGUACUGUGUUAUCUUACUACUUAUAAUUCAGUGAAUAAUAAAAGGGUCAAUAAAUAGAUCGAAAAUACCUUUAUCAAGAAGAAAAGUAAACACUUUAUAUUACGAAAUAUGUGCAUUGGUACCGUAAUGUCUGUUAUGGAGUAAAUAAAUGAUCACUGUGUUCAUUAAUCAUCAUAAUAGCCAUACUGUGAAAAUGCCUAUUUUACACAAGUGCAGACCAUUACAUUUGAUAAACCGCCAGGCAUGCGCGAAGUUGUUCUCAUGUUGUACACGUCGAACGUCUGCAACAACAACAGCAAAUAAUGGAACAAAACCAACACAUUCUGUUAAACCAUUCAGUGAGAUGCCAGAGGCACUAUCAGGACCACGUUUCAUAUCAAUGUUUUAUUUUAUAUAUUUGUAUAUCACAAAAAAGAGCCCAGUACUGACGUCAUACUACACGAUGAUGAAACAGAAGCACGGUGACAUAUGGAAACAAAACAUCAACAUCGGAAAGGGAGACAACAACUAUAUUGUUAUGGUCGGUCAUCCAGACUACGCUAAAACUGUAUUCCAAGCACCAGAGACAGAACACAGGAGAUUUAAACUACAAUUAAUAGACGUUUUUACAAAGAAAAACAACUUCCCAAAAUCAAUGGCGUUGCUGGACGGAAAAGAAUGGGAAGAGCGUAGAAAGCCGACACAAGAAAAGAUGUUGCGUCCUGCUGUUGUGGCGAAUUACGUACCUCUAAUUGAAAAAGUAACCAACGAUUUCAUUGAGAAACUAGAAAGGAAGGAAAAAACUGAAGAUUUGUUUACAGAUUUGCUCAACUAUGCGACGGAAAGUGUUGGAAUGUUAUGUUUUAAUAAAAGACUUGGCUGUCUGGAAAAUGAUAACAAUCCUGUGGCUGUCCAUGUCAGAAAAAUAUUUGAGAUGCUUGGAACCUCAGUUAUGACACCACGAAAGAGUCAUAUGUCCCCUGAUUCAAGAUUCUUCAAGGAAUAUGAGAAACACACAUUUGAAUUUGUAAAAAUUGCAAAGGAAAUACUCGAUUCACAGAAAAUAUUUCUUUCUAAAAUGAAAGAUGAAGAAAAACUAGAAAAGUAUCUUGAAGAGGAGCCAAACUUCAUGUACUCUCUUUUAUCUGACCCAAGAGUAACAGAGGAGUCAGCAACAAGCAUGGUUACCUCUCUCUUUGGUGCUGGAAUUGAAACGUCCGCCAAUACCCUGACGUUUGUACUAACUGAUCUAAGCUUGUACCCCGAUAAACAGAAAAAGCUGUAUGAAGAAAUACAAAGAAUUGUUGGUGAAAGUACAAAUCUAACGAAAGAACAUCUCGCACGGAUGUCUUACUUGAAGGCAUGUGUCAAGGAAAGUCUGAGGAGAACAUUUCCCUUAUCUAGUGGUACUGGAAGAUAUUUAGAGACAGAUCUUGAAGUUGGAGGAUAUCAAAUUCCAAAAGAUACCUUAGUUGUUGUUAACAGUGCACUGAUGUGCAUUGACGAAAGAUUUUUUCCACGACCAACAGAGUAUCUUCCAGAAAGAUGGCUUAGAGACACAGAAGGGGAGUUAACCAUCAGUCGAAAUUUUCCAUUUGCAUAUAAUCCUUUCGGUUAUGGACCAAGAAGCUGUCUAGGACAACGAUUUGCAGAAAACGAAAUAUUUAUAGCAGUUACUAAGAUUAUACAGAAUUUUCAAAUAUCAUUGCCUGCAGGAGUUACAGAAGUCAAAUCUCACUACACACUAUUUCGGACGCCAUCAGAGAAAGUUACGCUUUACUUCAAGAAAAGAGGAAUCAAUACUACAACAGUGGAAACAAGUUGAUUUUUUUUUUACAAGAACAUAAACAGUUCAUAUAUAUGAGACAAUCAAUUGAACUUCUUAUUGCUGAUUUUUGUUGAUUUUGGAUGUAACACGUCUUCUGAUUAGCUGAAAGUUUUUGUCUAUCAGGUCAUAGACAAAAUUUUGUCAUGUGACCGUGACGUCGUCAACGUUUUUCAUUAUUUACCCCUUAAAAAUGGAAUUUAGAAUUAAAUCAUCAGGAAUGAUAGUGUAAUAUUUUUCUGUCUAUUCGAAAUAACCUAAAAAUGUGGUGCUUACUUUUAAAUAAUCAGCUACGCGGGUUAUUCAGUGGGCAACACGUUUGUGAUGUAAAUAUUAUUUCCUCAUAGACAGAACAAAUAUAACAGUCAUUCCUUAAUUAAUUCGUGUGAAGGUUAAUAUUACAAUGUGAUUUAUUUCGUCAAUUAAGAAAAUAUUCAACUUUUGCCAUCUAUAUUUAAGAAUUGAAUGCUUCUUUUUUAUAAUUUAAUUGGGAUGUAAAAGCGUUGACCGAAGCGCUUCAUUCUAAAAAUGUACGCACGAUCAACGCUUUUACAACCCUAUAAAAUCAUAAAAAGAAGCAUUCAAUUCUUAUAAUUACAUUAUUAUGCUACGACCAUGAUAUGUAAGAGUUUUAUCAUGCUUUUCCUUUGUUUUGUAUGCGUUGUUUUAACAUUGUCACGGAUAGCAAGUGCAGUCAUAGCUGUUGUAUUUUAUACGGAAAUAAAAUUUGAUCUUGGA